ACCCCGUGGACUGUUAUGGUUUAAAUCCAACAUGGCCGCCUCCUUCUUCUGUCGUCGCCACUGAUGAGAGAGCGAGAGAGGGAAAAGACCGCAGAGAUUUACCCGCCGUGCUCACGCUGAAGGUCCGCGCGGGCGUGAAUGAGACAGCCGAAGGGCGUGAGGGUCAUAAGAGCGAGUUUUGGGCGCCGUUGAACCGCAUCUAAGGGCGUGAGAGAGGAGGAGGAGUGUCGUCGUCUUCGCCUUCGCGCCGCGAGUGAUUUGUCAAGUGGAAGUCUUACCUCAUUUUAUUCUUGAUAUUUGAUUACCGUCUGGGAUCAUCAUUGACGCCUUUGCCUUCGCAUUUCCGCGUUCAGUUCCUCGGGAGGAGAGAGAGACGCCCCUGGAUGCGUCGCGGGGAGGAGGAGAUAUAGACGGGAAACAGAAUCAGUCCCUUUGUGGUGGUGAAAGGUUUCCUUCCCUCGUCUCCUUUCGCCGACAUUUAUCCUCGCAAAAUCUCCUCUCUCUCUCUCUUCGGGGGGGACAUGACCCCGCCAGUGAUAUAGGAGCGUAGACCAGUGACACAUCCCCCCUUUCCUUCCUUCCCUCACCCCCCCCCCCCCUUCGCCCCCUUCCCCCUGAAAUCAGCGAAAGAAAAAAAAAAGGAAAAAGAAAAUAGAAGACAUUCGGAGGCCUAAGAUGGGUUCCUCCUCCUGCCUCUUCGUCUCCUCCUCCUUCUCUUCGUCGUCCUCCUCGUCGCCUUCGUCAGUAUCGCCGCCAACUGCCCUGCGACGCCAAGGUGCUCUCGUCUUGAUGUUGAUAAGAAUUGAUGAUCUCUAGCCGAGCCAAAAGCUGUGGGUGGGGUACACAGAGGAGACAUGGCUGACAGAAUGGCACGGCGCAGAGUGAAGUUGUAUGCGCUAAACGCUGACCGUCAGUGGGAUGACAGAGGCACAGGACACGUUACGUCUUCGUACGUAGAAAGACUGAAGGGCAUGUCCCUCUUGGUGCGUGCAGAGUCAGAUGGUUCUCUUCUUUUGGAAUCCAGAAUACAGGCAGACACUGCAUAUCAGAAGCAACAAGGAACGUUAAUCGUGUGGUCAGAGGGGGAGAACUUUGAUCUAGCUCUUAGCUUUCAGGAAAAGGCUGGCUGUGAUGAAAUAUGGGAGAAAAUUUGUCAGGUACAAGGAAAGGACCCCAGUGUAGAUAUUACUCAAGAUAUCGUAGAGGAAAGUGAAGACGAAAGGUUUGACGAUGUAUCAGACUCUAAUCCUUGGGUAGAACUACCUCCUUGUGAAAUAGGCCGGUUAGAAGACAUUAAUGAGGUCAUUAGUAAUUGUUUACAUUCUCCUGUAAGACGAGAAAAGUUGGCGAUAGCACUGGAAAAUGAAGGUUACAUUAAGAAGCUCGUCUCUGUGUUUCACACCUGUGAAGAUUUGGAGAACAUGGAGGGUCUUCACCUUUUGUACGAGAUCUUCAAAAAUGUUUUCCUGCUCAACAAAAAUGCCCUUUUUGAAAUCAUGUUUGCCGACGACACAAUCUUUGACGUUGUCGGGUGCUUAGAAUACGAUCCAUCCUCUCCGUACCCUAAAAGACACAGACAGUAUUUGAAAAGUAUAGCAAAGUUCAAAGAGGUUAUACCCAUUGAGAAUAGUGAGUUGUUAAGUAAAAUUCACCAGACCUACCGAGUGCAAUAUAUUCAAGAUGUAGUCCUCCCUACUCCAGCUGUUUUUGAAGAGAACAUGUUGUCAACUUUAUCGUCUUUUAUCUUCUUCAACAAAGUUGAGAUUGUCUCUCUCAUACAGGAGGAUGAGCGAUUUCUAAGUGAGUUGUUUCACCAGUUGGGCGUCGACGAAGAUAUCCCGAUGGAGAAACGAAGGGAUUUAGUCCUUUUUCUAAAGGAGUUCUGUACCUUUUCGCAAACCCUCCAGCCCACCAGUAGGGAGCAGUUCUUCAAGACGUUAUCCAGCUUGGGAGUUCUAUCUGCCUUGGAAAUCACUCUGGGAUUAGAUGAUCCUGUGAUCAAGUCUGCCUCCAUAGAUAUUCUCAGCUUCAUAGUAGAGUUUUCUCCGUCUAUGGUGAGAGAGUACAUGAUGCAGCAACAGCUUAAAACUGAAGAGGAGCAGUAUUUGCUAAACAUCAUCAUUGAACAGAUGGUGGUCGACUCAGAUCCUGAAAUGGGUGGUGCUGUGCAGCUGAUGGGGAUCCUGCGCAUACUCAUCGAUCCCGAGAACAUGAUGGCGGCCGUCACAAAGUCUGAGCGGGCAGAUUUCCUCACCUUUUUUUAUAAACACUCCAUGCAUUACCUUGUUGCGCCGCUACUGUCCAAUACGGUCGGAGAUGAGGUUGGCCGAGAAGAUUAUCCGUCUGCACAGCUUCUGGCAUUAAUUUUGGAGCUGCUUGCAUUUUGUGUAGAACAUCACACCUACUAUAUCAAAAACUACAUAGUCCAACGUGAUCUGCUCAAACGCAUCCUGGUUCUAAUGAAGUCCAAACACACAUUCCUCGUACUCAGUGCAUUAAGGUUUAUGAGAAAAAUCAUUGGUCUGCGGGAUGACUUCUAUAACCGUCACAUCGUCAACUCAAAUCUCUUCGCGCCAGUGGUAGAUGCAUUUGUCCGAAAUAACGGGAGAUAUAAUCUCCUGGACUCUGCUAUCAUUGAAAUGUUUGAGUACAUCAAAGUGGAAGAUAUCAAGUCCCUUUGGAUGAGUGUGGUAGAGAAGUUUGGGGAAGUUUUGUCUCGGGUUGAUUAUGUUCAGACCUUCAAUGCCCUUCGCAUGCGGUAUGAACAGCACCAAGACAGACUCAAAGAUAGAGAGAGAAGUACUUCGUUGGAUGGGAUUGGUGGUGUUGUUCGUGGGGCUCGAUUUAGAAGAGACGUCCGUGACCUAGAUGAAGAAGAGGAGAUAUGGUUCAACAACGAUGAAGAGGAGAUUGAAGAAGCAGAGGGUUUAUCUGUUCUUCCUACCAGAGAAACAGGCCUUCCAACAGUAGAAAAAGCCGAGAAGGAGAAUGGGGCUAGUAAAAUGUUAGGUGCCACAGCAAAGCAGGCUUUACUAUUGAAUAAUGGCAACAAAGAUAACAACAAUACUGCCUCUCCUCUCUCUCCAGAGAGCAACAAGUCCCCCGUCCCAACGCGCAAGAAGGUAAGUUUAGUUGCAUACGACGAGAAUUCGGAUGAGGAGGAGGAAGACGAAGAAGAGACUGGUGAGGAAGACCAAGAGGAGGAUGAAGAGGAGGAGGAUGCCAGUGUUCCGUCUGCAAAGAGACCCCGACUGGGCAGUGAUUGAGAGUGUAUGAGUGGUUGAGUUCAGCAGUCAGCUAACUUGGAGCCUGGCUGUGGUGCAGUGGGCAAGGCAAAGUAGCACCAAAGGUAUUUGCCCACAUUGUUCAACCAUCUGACCUCAGAAAGGUUUGUUAGUGUUGGUGGGCGUUUGCUCGUACUUGGUACCCACGUUUUGUGAUGGCCGCCACCCAUGACACUUGACUUUGAGGUAAUGAUGACAGCCUGUGAAGGGCAGCACUGCCAACAGCCCAGCCAAGCUGUACCCACUGCCCACCCACUCACCUGUGUAUAUAGCCCGCACAAUGCCUCCUCACACCCAUGUGUACAAAUCCUUCUGUAUAUGUGAGCUAUCAAGAGCUGUGGGCCCAACUGGACCCAUACUACUGUGACCAAGAAGUAAUGGACAUUUUAAUGGAAUAUUUUUAUAUAGUGUAAAAUUGUUAUUGACAGUGUUUAGUACUAGUGUGUGUGUGCUGAGGGCCAUGAUUUGGUAGCAAAGGCCCACACGGAAACAACAGCAUCAGGAAGAUCACGCAACAGACAUGUGAGGGAGAGGCACUGCCAGCCUUUCUCGAUUUGCUCCUGUGCAUUGGGCGUGGUCAUAUCACUUGUGUGCAGGCGGACCACGUCAGUAAGUUGCAAGUUCGUAACUUAAUGUGGUCCAUCCUCCCUAUAUAUUGGGUAUUUUACCCUGACAGUAGUGAGGGGCCUUACAAAUAUUGGCUAUUUUUGGUCGAGACAAAAAGGGCCUCAUCUAAGCUAAAAUGUGACAGGGCCUGAUAAGCUUCCAGGCCUGCUCUCCUCCGGAAUGUUCCCAUAUACUGCUGGUAUGCAGCUAAGUAAAUCUCAGUAUAUGGCUAAUAUAGUUUUAUUUUAAGGGACGACCAUCACAAUCAGCCGAGUGCCGUUGGCACCUUAAGGGGAGCAAGUUUGGUAGUAGUAUUGGCAACUGCAGAUGGUAACACAGAAAUGCAUUUACAAUCAUUAGCACUCAUGUCAUUCAUCUCAUACCACGAUUUUCUACGUCUUGAAGAAUCAUUCUUUCUAUAAUCAUCUUGUCCGCUGAGGAAAAGUGAAAAGUUAUGGUAUGUCAUUUGGGACCAUGUGUUUUCUUUCCUUACGUUUGUUGGCUAAUUAAUGUUAGCAAUACUCAUUGUGUUAUUUUUCUUGGAACAGGUACUGUAUUUGAUUUUUACAAGAAACCUUCUUUAUGUUCUCAGAGUACUAUGAAGUUGUGCCAGUAGAUUUCUUUUAAUGAGGGCCAGGUAUUUUUGUUGAUUUUUGGGGGAGAAUAAUUUAAUCUUGGAAGGAAUGGAUUUUAGUUUUCUUUUAAGUACAUAUGGAUACUGGCUAUUAUUGUGUUACAUUGGAAUAUUUCUUGUUUGACUUCAUUUCAGUCAUUGUGUUUCAAAAUCUGUAGUAAAAUGAAGUAGUAUAUUGGUGUUUGUGCUGAAUUUAUUUUGAUCCAGUUCAUAGUUCAACGAAUAUUAUCAAAUAUCACAUAUAUUUUCCAGAUUAACAGUAUAAUCUUAUCAUUUUUCUCAUAUCAAGCUGUUGUCCUCUUUGAUUUGAUACUUUGUAAACCAGUAUUAAAAAGACUUCAAAUUUUAAAAAAGUAGUACUAAUCUAGAAUUCAUUGACCAGUCGUUACACAAGAAGUUGUAUGCAAAUGUGUCUUCAUCUAGUAUGUGUAUUUUGACUUGUGAGAAAUUUAUCAUUAGUCAUAUUUUGCAUGUAAAUUAUUUCUCUCUCUCUCUCUCUCUCUCUCUCUCUCUCUCUCUCUCUCUCUCUCUCUCUCUCUCUCUCUCAAAACAUCCGUGAUUAUGGAGAAGUGUUGGUGACCUUAUUUCCCCUUUUUGAAUAUUUAGUUCACACUCAUCCAAUCACCAUCUUCAUCAUCAUCAUCAUCACCCAUCAUCAUUGGCAUCAUCGUCAUUAGCUUCAUCACACACCAUUUGCAUCAUCUCAUUGUUAUCACAGCAGCACACACAGUUCGUACGUUGUCUUCUAAGAAACUGUCAAGUCUUUGUUAUAAAGCAUGAGGCCUGUUUUGUAGAAAAACAAAAUAUACAGAAAUACUGUAUAAAAUGGGGAUAAUUUUUAACAUUUUAUGUUAUACCCGAGGUUAAUCUACUGAAGAAAAAAACAGAUGAAUGA